AUGGAAUUAAAAGAAGCAAAAUAUGUGGCAAUGUUUGUUUUAUUUGCAUCGAAUCUAAUUAUGACAUUGAUUGGUAUAUGUCUACAACGAUUUGUACUUCAACGUAAUGGAACUGUUUUUUCUGUUGGUCAACGUGUUAUUUCUUGUUUAACAAGUGGUGUUCUUUUGGGUAUUCUUUUAAUGUUAAUUCUUCCAAAUUCUAUUGAAGUUGCUCCUCUUUAUGGACAUCAUAUUAAUAUGGGUUAUUUCUUAAUUGGUCUUGGUUUUUUUCUCAUAUGUAUUAUAGAAGAAUCAAUAAAACUUUAUGAAACAUAUUCAUCAAAGAAUAAAUCGAAAACUGAACAAGCACAAUUAAUUAAUUCAUCAACAACAACAUCAAAUCAAGAUAAUCAAGUUACACGACUUAUUACAUUAGUAUUUGCACUUGGUGUUCAUUAUUUUUUUAGUGGUGUUCUCAUCGGUGGACAAACAAAAGAUACGACAGCAUUAUGGGUUUUAUUAGGUGCCAUAUGUUUUCAUAUGGCUUUAGUUGCAUUUUCAGUAACUCUUCGUCUUUUAGUUGAUAAUCAAAAUUAUCUUCAAGUAUUUUGUGCGAUGUGUGCAUGGAGUUUAAUGGGAUCAUUAGGUGUAUAUGUUAGUUUAUUAAUCAGUUCAAAUUCAACCGAAUUAGAUUUAAUCAAUGGAAUUUUACAAUGUUUAAGUGCAGGAACAUUUGUUUAUAUAACAUUUAUUGAUAUGAUACAUAGUGAUCUUAAGAAAAACACGUUUUAUCCUUUUAUGAAUAUUAUUUUAAUUUUUACUGGAUUUUUAAUUAUUGUUUUAACAACUCUAUGGCAUAAACAUUCAUCUACACUUUUAGAUCGAACUGAAAAAGCUCCACCACCAGCUCCAACACGUGCGGCACCCACAGCUACCAGUAGUGGCGGAAAAAAGGUAGACGAAGCAGCUGUUAAUCCAUGGGAUACAGCACAAAUUUGGAUUGAAAGUGUUACAAAAGAAGAAGCAACUAAAAAACAAUGGAAAGAAACGUAUGGAUGGAUGGCUGAGUAUGAUCCUAAAGGUAAUCUUAAACCAAAAAAACAACCAAUAGAAAAUUCAACACGCUUUUCAGACACGAUUCCUAAUUCUCGUGGUCAUGAUUAUGGUUGGCGUUUACAAAGUAAUUUAGGACAAGAAAUACAAAAUUUACAAAUCCGAUUUCAUGAUGAACAUAAAAAACGUGUUCCAAAAGAAAUACUUGGUUAUGAUUAA